GCCAAACAACAUUUCAUCAACAAUCACUUUACAUCUCUGUUUCCUCUGCUAAUCUAGUAUAAUCACUAAUGGCUAAAGCAAUUCUCACCCUUCUAUUCCUUCUCUCGUCCUACUUCUCAGCAGGGAGUCUGACAUUAGUGGAUGGACAGAAGACUUGGUGUGUGGCUAGACCUUCAUCAGAUGAGAUGGCACUUGAGCAAAACAUAGUUUUUGCAUAUAAAUAUGUGAAUUGCAAUAUAUUUAACGAGGGUGGUCCUUGUUUUUCACCAGAUAAUUCGAUGAAUCAUGCUUCUAUUGCCAUGAAUUUGUACUAUCAAUCUAAAGGAAGGAAUUUUUGGAAUUGUAACUUUGGUAAUUCUGGCCUUGUUGUCUUGACUGAUCCAAGUUAUGGUGGCUGCAUCUAUGGGUGAAGUCAUCAAGUCAUGGUUAGGAGAAGCAACUCAUGAGGAGAUUAUUAUUAUCAUAUUUUUUACUUUUUUUAAAAGUCAAUUUCUUCUUAUUCUUCACAAAAUCGAGUUUAGCGACUCUAUGUCUAGAUUUAUGUGAUACAGUUUUCUUUUUAAUCUAUUACAAAAGAAAUGU